CACAAAGCCAAGCCAAGAAUCCAGACCGCUGUUUCCUUCAUCCUUCAUCUUGCAAGUAUAACUAGCCCAUUAACCACGCUGCAUUAGCCACUCACAGUGAUCCAAGUAGCGGGAAAUCGACAGACGAGGUAGGUACCACGCAAACACACGCGGAAUUGCUAACCGUUAACCAUGCCAAAAGAAACCGGAUUUUUAAAAGCCCUCUACUCGCGCGGCCAGACUGCAAGCAUUCUAGCAUCAUGGCAAAUUCUCCUUGCCAGCUCUAUCCCCGUCCGCAAGGUCUUGCAGCAGCGACGCUUCCUGCACAAGCACGUCCCCCUCCCCCUCCCACUCCGCACGCAUCCGCAUCCGCGUCCUCAGCAACGGCAACAUCAGCAUCCAUCAACGCGCCACACCACGCCUCUGCGGGACAAACGCCUCCCUACCAGUGCGAACACUGGAGCCCUCGUCGCAACACGCAGCUCCCUCCCCCCUUCCGCGGCAAAAGCACCCUCCGCGGCAAAACCCCCCUAUCCACAACCCCCAGCGCCUGCUCCCCGUCAUCGGCCCAGACCGCCAUCCAUCGUCGCCCAUACCGCCCCUAGGAGUACCAUGUGUGUGCAGGUACUACGGCUCGUGCGCGCGCAACAUCGGGCCCUCAGCGCU